UCGGCUUUUGGAUCUUUGACAGUCGCGACGCCUUCGCUGCUGCUCCAUUCACCUUCCCUGCAAACGGGUCGGGAAUUAUUUGACGCUCAUCGGUCAAUUGACAUUUUCUCAAUCUACCUCUCGAAGAAGAGCCGAUUCAAUUCGUGCAGUUUCAAGUUUAAAACUACAGCCACACCCUCCGCUUCACUUGCAAGUACCGAAGCCGAUCUUUUGACGUAUACAUACCAUCGAAACCAUCUGGUGUCACUGUCAAUUGAUCAAUUGAAAUACAACAUAUCACAGCAAUCGUUCAAAUAAGAUUCUCUCUGCUACAAUGGGUAUCACGAUCGUUCUGGGUAGCCAGUGGGGUGAUGAAGGAAAGGGGAAGAUUACAGAUAUGCUUUCGCAGGAGGCUACGCUCUGCUGUCGUGCUGCUGGCGGCCACAAUGCGGGCCACACCAUCGUCCAUGACAACAUCACUUACGACUUCCACAUUCUUCCCUCUGGACUGGUCUCUCCGUCCUGCGUUAACCUCAUCGGCGCUGGAACUGUCGUGCACGUCCCCAGCUUCUUCAAGGAGCUGGCCUCUUUGGAAGAGAAGGGACUGAAGGGUGCCGGCAAGCGCAUUUUCAUCUCUGACCGCGCGCAUGUCUGCUUCGACCUGCACUCUGUUGUAGAUGGUCUGGAGGAGGCUAAGCUGGGUGGUCGCAAGGUCGGCACCACCGGUAAGGGAAUUGGUCCUUGCUACAGUGACAAGGCUGCCCGCCGGGGUGUCCGUAUUGGCGAGAUUAUGGACGAGGCGGUCUUUGAGCGCAAGCUGCGGUCUCUGCACGCUGGAUACACUGCGAGAUUCGGUGAGCUGGAUUAUGAUGUCGAGGAGGAGAUUGGUCGAUUCAAGGAGUACCGGAAACGCUUGGUUCCCUAUGUUGUCGACCAGCUUGCCUUCUUCAAGCAGUACAAGGACUCGCCGAACACUCUCGUGGAGGGCGCCAACGCUCUCAUGCUCGACCUGGACCACGGAACCUACCCCUACGUGACCUCCUCGUCCACCGGUCUGGGUGGUGCCGUCCAGGCUCUGUCCCUCAACCCUACCAGCAUCACCUCCGUCAUUGGUGUGGUCAAGGCGUACACCACCCGUGUCGGCUCGGGUCCCUUCCCUAGCGAACAGUUGAACGAGUACGGCGACAAGCUGCAGUCAGUCGGCAGGGAAUUCGGUGUCACCACCGGCCGUCGUCGUCGCUGCGGCUGGUUCGAUCUCGUCCUCUGCCGCUACUCCCAGGCGAUCAACCACUACACCGCUCUGAACCUGACCAAGCUGGACAUCUUGGACGACUUUGACGAGAUCAAGGUCGCAGUUGCCUACGUCCUCCCUGACGGAACCCGCCUGACCGACACCUACCCGGCCGACGCCCAAGUCCUUGAGAAGGUCAAGGUCGAGUACGUCACUCUGCCCGGCUGGAAGAGCAACACAAUGGGUGUCAAGAAGUACGAGGACCUUCCUGCCAAUGCGCGCGCCUACAUUGAGUACAUUGAGCGGGAACUCGGCGGUGUACCUGUAAAAUGGAUCGGUACCGGACCCGCCAGAGACCACAUGAUCUGCCGGGAGUGAAUAUCUGCGCAGUCGAGUUGUCAACUGACGCUGCGGACGGAGACGGUCUUGGCUGUUCAUGGCUGCGGCCUACAAAACUAGAAGUCUUCCUGGGAUAUUAUCUGUCUUUGCUUAUGUUUGUGUAUAUGAAUGGAUAGACGAAUCUGAUGAAUAUUGCUUACUCUGA